AUGUUUAGCAAGUUACUCUUAAAUCAAUACAAGAAUCUAGCUCUUUUCAAGACAAAAAUACCCUAACUUUACUAAAAGAGCUGUUUUAGAUUUUGCACAACUCAUAAAUAGCAAAGAAAAAUAGAAAAAGAAAAGGAAGAAUAAUUAGUUUAGCAAAUUUAUGAAUUGGAAACUGUUGCCUAACAAGACCAAUAUACCGAAAAGGAAUUACAAAACAUUAUUUCAGAAAGAAAAGUUUAAUUAGAAAGCAUAUUAAAUGAAAAGAAAUUACCUAUUGAAGCUAUGCUUUUAGGUCUCACUUUGACCCUUCCAGUUUUGGGAGGAUCAAGCUAUUUAUAUUAUUAAUUAGCUUAGGGUAUACCUUCUGAAUCUUUUAUUCCUCUUUUAAAUUCAGUGACAAAAUACAUUGGCAUCCAUUAAUGCUUCUAAAGUGGUAUUCACUGGGGUUUAGCAGUUUCCUAACAUGAUUUAUAGACUGACUCAAUCAAUUCGAGCUCUGAAGCAAGAAGACUUUUUAUUUUAUCUUCUAUUCCUGCAAUUGGUGCUUUGGUUAACACAUUAUCAUUAGUAUAUGGUGUUCCUACAGAAGGUUUAUAAAAUUUAGCCCCUAUUUCUGUAAUGGCUGGGUUAUAGAUAUUUAUUUUAGGACUUGAUCUUAAAGUAGUUAAUAGUAGAUAUGCCCCUCUUUGGUACAUGAAUUUUAAAUACAUAAUUGCUUUAUUAUGCUUUUUAUCAUAUGGUUUAUACGCUGCUAUGUUCUUAAACUACGGAGAUAAAGUUAAACAGUUAAAAUUAUCCACAAAUGAUCCUUACAGAAAAUAUAUACCAACUAAUGCAGAAUUAUUAAAAUAAAAGGAACCAGAAUAAUAAAAAUAAUGA